AUGCACUCCAUCCCCUCAGUGGAGGCCUGUGGGCUGUACCCAGGCCCCAGGGCCCAGAUCCCGGCUCCUACCUCCCGCUCUAAUGACCGCCGUACAAAAGCGCAAAUGAUACGGAAUCCAAUUAAGUCGCUGCCGCAGAGCGGUGCGGUGCAGUCGAGUCGCAGUGUUACAUUAUUUCAUUUGGAUUUGGUAAUUGAUGAUCGCGUCGCCAUCGCCCGGGGACUACAAUCCUUGUCAAAUUUUGGUCGGGGCUCUGUUGUGGGGUGGCUCGUGACCGUGUGUCGUGUGCAGCUGAACCAAUCUGUUUGUGUACAUUACAUGUACGACAAUUGUGAAGUCAAUCCAAUGUUCAAAGCUUACAAUGGUCGGACAAUGUGUGAUAUGCGGGCCUACUCCAGGGUUAGUGCUGCACCACAAAUGACCCCCAUGCUCCGGUCACAGAGCGAUACCAUCUCAUAA